AUGUUAUUUAAUGCAGAAGUAGGUGAGAGACAUGGGACUAUUGAGGAGGUUGGAGGUGAUAGAGAAGUUGGUGAGGGAUAUUGGGCUGAUGAGGAGGUUGGAGGUAAUGUAGAAGUUGGUGAGGAACAUGGGGCUGCUGAGGAUGGUGGUGAGGGAUAUAUAGGUGUGGCUGAAUUAGAAGUGGGUGAUGAACAAGUGGGUGAUGUUGGAGGUGUAGCUGAUUUGGUGAACACUGGGAAUCGACAUGUGGUUGCUCCUAAUUUGAAAAGGACAAAGUGUGGUCCUUCUCAGAGGAACACAAAACUUAGGUUAAGGUGGUGA